AAAUAUGGCUCUGGCUCGUCUCUUCAUUCAGCUGAACUCUGUCUCACUGUUGCUUUUUGGCACUGAUAUGUUUUUGGUCGGAGCAAACCGCCCACCUGCUCCAGUCAACGUGUCAGUCAUGAAUCUGAGAGCUGAUUCAGCCACAGUGACCUGGGAAGUUCCAGAGGGGGACAUCAUUAUUGGCUUCUCAGUCCUACAGCAGAAGCAGGAUGGCCACAUGCAGCGGUUUAUCCGGGAGGUAAACACCACCAGCAGGGCCUGUGUGCUUUGGGACCUGGAGGAGGAGACGGACUACAUAGUCCAGGUCCAUUCUAUCGGCCUGUAUGGAGAAAGUCAGGCUAGCAAGCGUGUCCACUUCAAAACCCUCAAGAAAUCAGACCGCUUCCCUUCGAACAGCUCAAACCAAGAUGAUCCAACUGUUGAAGGUCUGGACAAGUCUAGAAACCUGCAAACAGGAGAGAUGGUCAUCAUUGUGGUGGUGCUGCUUAUGUGGGCAGCGGUCAUCGCACUCUUCUGCCGGCAGUACGACAUCAUCAAGGACAACGAUAACAGUAACAGCAAAGAGAAAGUGAAGCCGUUGUCUGAGAGGAGCACACCAGAGCACCACAGUGGAGGACUGCUCAGGAGCAAGUUUCAUCAGUCCGUGCCAUCUAUCAACAUCAUAGAGGUCUAAUGGGAUGAGUGAAGAUGUCUGCUCUUCCCACUGCCAACAUGGUGCUCCAUCGCUGUAAAUGUUCUCCAGCAGAUCCAGGAUGCUAUGUGCAAGGAACCAUUAAUCACACUGAAGCUAGAACUUUUCAUCCCACAACUACUGAGUGCACACGCUGAAAGUAUCAAUCUAUUCCUGUAGGGUAAUUGUAUAUAACGUGACGCAAAGCUGUAUAAAGAAAGUUCAUUCCCACUGGUUUCAUGUUUAUUCAGUGUGAUUCUACAUUGUAUUUUUGAUGUGCUGCUGUGUGGACCUGUGAAACGCUACUGGAGAAGAACAGGGUUUUUAUGGCUUCGUGUGUGUGUGAAUGAGAGAGCCUGUCACACAGUUCCUGAAACUGUUGAAUGAAGCCAAGUGUGUGCUCGGGGAUGUAAUUCAAGUAAACUAUUGUGCUAUCGUGGCCAAAACUGAGGAAGCUCAAAGGCUCAGCGCAUGCUCCUGUAACACAAGUUUUCUUAGGCCAUGUCACUGUCAAAUAUAUGAUGAAUGCACUUUUGAUUUGA